AACUUCCAGUCGUUUUUUUAGUCUGCACCCACGCUGAUAAACCUUAUCAUGACAGAGACCCAUUUGAAAUUGCGAACGAAGUUUAUGGGACAUUGAAAGAGAGACCCUACAGUGCCCAUUUGUUUGAUGUGUAUUGUGUGGAUAAUACAAAGUCAGGCAGUGAGUCUGAGUGUCAAGAAGUCAAGCGCUUAAGACAGGAUGUUCUUUCUGUUUCUAAGGAAUUGCCGCAUGUCAAAGAAGUAAUUCCUGUUAAGUGGCUAAAGUACGAAAAGACACUCCAAUGCAUGAAAAAAGAAGGGCAGAAGUGGAUUUCACUUGCUACAGCAAAGUGUGUUGCAUGUAAUCAAUGCGAAAUCGAGAGUAAAGAUGAGUUCAAGACGCUGCUCAACUUUCUGCAUGACCUAAGAAUCUUGAUCCAUUUUGAUGACACAGCGGAACUGAAAGAUAUGGUGGUCCUGGAUACUCAGUGGUUGAUAGACGUUUUCAAGAAGGUGAUAACUGUAAAACCCUACCACUGGAAAGAAAAGCCAUUUGUGGACCUAUGGUGUAGGCUCGAAAAGGAAGGAAUCUUAGAGGAAAAGCUUUUAGAACAUGUCUGGAAACCUUUGAUUCUCCACAAAGAAACAUCUGAAAGCUUAAUUGCAAUAAUGGAAAGAUUUAGUCUGCUAUGUUCAUGGCCCUUACCUGAUGUCUCUGGCGACAAACAAUACCUGGUACCUUCAAUGCUGAAGUCACAUCCACCAGAGGCUGUCACGAAGUUGGUGUCAACUGCACAUAUGCCUUCUCUUGUUCUCAAAUUUGAAUCAGGUAAAGUGCCUUCUGGCUUAUUUCCCCGACUAGUGCUGCAGUUUUUUCUUUGGGCAAAAGAAAGGUUUUGGAGCUCAGUAAAACCAAAGAUGUACCACAGCUUUGUCAGGUUUUUUCUGUCAAAAGAUGCUGGAGACUCUGUGAUUCUUCUUUGUCACUCGUGUUACAUUGAGGUUGUCUAUCAUCGUGGGAGUGUAGACGACGGAUUAGGAAAUGCUUUACGGUACCAGAGGUCGAUGGAUAUCUGUUAUAAAGAACAUGAAUUAACGUGUGUCCGUGUCAUCUGUAGACAGUUUGGUUUGAUUCUGGAGUGCAUGCGCAAUCAGUUCUGCUGGUUGAACAGUAUGAGAUACACAAUGGGUAUCAUCUGCCCGGUUUGCCGUGAACAAAGUGCCAAUGACUACUGCGAUAAGCAUCAGAGUCUAGAUUGCAAAGAAGAGGACUGCCUUCACUUUUGGUCCCAGUCUGAUUUGUUUGCUUCUAAGGGGGAAGUCUUUUGCGACAAAUCGGUGUGUGCGCAUAAUAGUAGAUUCAGCCCUGAGCGCUGGGCUCCUUGGUUUCCACCUCA